AUGGAGGAGGAGGGCGCAGUCGGCCAGCGCAGCAGGCGGAGUCCCUCCCCGCGCCGGAGCCCCCCUGCAGUCGGGGGAGUCCUCGUUGGCGAUGAAGGUGGCGACAUCGAAUCGCGGCCGACAGACGUCACGUGGGAGGAAUGGGCGAUGAGCGGGAACGAUGCGCGCUACGACGCCGACUCCGCCGUGCUCGUGGCCGCCAAGCAGAAAGCCGCGCUCCAGGAGCACGCCAAGAUGCAACGGCUCGCUUGCUUCGAUUCAGCUCUCUCGGCAGCAGAAGUGGGGCUGGAGCGGGUGGGGGUGGAUGCCGAUUGA